CGUUUUAAAACCGUGCGUCCGGUGUCGAACAAAUCGUCAACUAAUUUUCAUAAUUCCUGCAAGUCCUGCGGAUCAGGUUCCGUCUCGCGAACGCAACGAAAGGAAGCGCCCUUUUACACGCCUUUACACCGCCCCUUUAGCUUUACGUAUGCUUUCAAUAGACAAAGAUACACAUACACCGUUUUUCGCUUGUUACGCAGUGCGGAUUACUCAAAUCGCUCCAAUUACAAGGCGACGGUUCUACGUCGUCAUACAUUUCUAGUACUCUAAAAUCGCAUGCAGUUUAUAGCAAUCGGUAAGCGAAGCCCCUCUCCUCCGGUACCGAUCGCCCGACGAAGACUCCUCGAAAAUCAAGAUCAACGAGCACUGGCGUUCGCGUUCUCUCAUUUUGUUUACUGACUAUCGAAAGUAAUUCGUACGAAGACUUAACGUAGGAACUUAGAAGAAUCACAAAACUCGUCAUCGGGUGUUCCUCCCUCGUUGCACGGUGAAAUUUAAAUUUUUCCACGCUUUAUCGACCGCAACACCGAUGGGACCGGCAACACCGGUCACGUUUACAUCAUCCCCUUGGAUUUUUGUUCUCUCUUUCUAGACCUGAUCAGCUGGUGCACAGUACAGAACUUGUCCCAGGAUGAUUCAACCCGAGCUCUAAAUCCCUAUGUUAAAUGGCCGUAUGAACCAACGAUCGUGAGAUCGGAGGGGCGUAAUCACAUUGUAAUUCUACUAAACGCGCUAAUACACUUCGCCGGACUCCGAACUCGAAUCAGGCUCGUUCGGUGAACACUACCCUGUACAGCGGCGACGUUGUACGUAUCACGCGAGGUGCAUCCUGCAUUAUACCGACCCGCCAACGGUCAUCGAUCAUCAUCCUGAGAGCCAUUGCGAAUCUGCUCGAUAGAAAAAACUUAUCACCGAUGUGAACUUGUGUCUAAACGCUACAGGGUUCUCUUGGGCGUAUGUACACGAGGUGUCCCGCGAGUGUCUUCACGUACGAUGAGUGCUUACGCCCCUCUUCGGCCUAUUUUUCUCUUCUUUUUUUUUUAAACAGUAAAAGAGCGUUCAGGUUCGCGAUCGCCCGGGCGAUGAGUUCGAGCAAUGAAUCGUCGUCCACUUUCGUCUCUUCUCCUACCGAUGUCCAAGAUGCAAGUUCUAAUCACUGCGAUUCGUCAAGUACCUGAGGGAGUGUGGAAUAUAAAUUAUUUAACGGAAGAGGAAUUACAUAAUUUACACUUUGAACUUGAUUAUGAGCACAAGGAAGAGCGAUGGUGGGAGCAAGAACCAUUAAAAAUCUUGGAUCUAAGUUCCAAUAGCAUAACUGAAAUUGAUCAGAGAAUAUCACUUUUAGAAGAUCUGAAUACCUUAGAUCUACGCAACAACCUGUUGGAAAAUUUACCAGCUGAGAUCGGUUCCCUAUGCAAGCUGAAAAUAAUAAAUUUAUCGGAUAACAAAUUAAAAAGUUUACCUCCACAAUUUUACAUGUUGGUAGAAUUAUGCGAAUUAUAUUUAAAAGUUAAUCAUAUAAGCGUGCUUGAAGAGGAUUUUGCGAACCUGGUUAUGUUAACUUAUGUGGAUUUAUCGUAUAAUAAUCUACAUGACGUACCAUUCGGAAUGGGAUUUUUGGUACGAUUAGUUACAUUAAACCUGAGUCACAAUAUGAUAAAAGAGCUACCACCUGACAUAACGAGUAUGAGAUCAUUGAGAACGUUGGAUGUUAGUUAUAAUCAAUUGGAGAUAUUACCACCAUUGGGUGAAUUGCGAAAAGUAGAAAGAAUCAUGUUCCAAUCCAACAAUUUGAAGAGUUUUCCAGACACGUUAGGUUGUUCAGCCUUAACAGUAUUGCAUUUGGAUAACAAUAACAUUUCUGAGAUUGAACCGGAGUAUUUAGAAGCACUGGGAAACCUGAAAAAGCUCACGUUACAAAACAACAAAAUUAAAAUAAUACCAGAGGAAGUGAUCAAUUUACUGCAUUUGGAAGUUUUCGAUUUAUCGCAGAACAAGAUAUCUGUAAUACCUCCUUACAUCGGCACGAUGCCCAAUUUAAAACAAUUUAUUAUCAAAGGAAACAAUAUAAAGAAUGUAAGGGCAGACAUAAUACGGUGCGGUACACCUCGCAUUCUGAAGCACAUACGUCAAACGGGAAGUGGUAUAAACGUGAAUACCAGAGAGAUAUUACAACCUGGUACAAGCACAGGCAGUUAUCCUGAUAAAUAUGCGAUGAAAAAUACAAAACUGUUCAGCCUGGCUGGGCAAAAUCUUCUGGAGCUACCAGAAGAGAUCGUGCAGGACGCAAUGGAAGCAGCCGUUACGACUAUUGAUUUAAGUAGAAACAAAUUGUCGGAACUGCCGGACAAAAUGUCAGCGAUCACCACGGUAAUCGAUCUGAAAUUAACUACGAAUCAGUUGACACGUUUGCCAGAGUGGAUUGGCGAGGCGUAUAAAUAUUUGCAAGUACUGGACAUAAACAAAAAUUGUUUGCAAUCUCUGCCAAAGAGCAUCAGCUGUUUGAAGUUUCUGCAUUUCAUCGAUCUCUCGCACAACAGGUUUACCGAGCUACCAGACGCCAUUUAUGAUAUUGUGCCGCUGGAAAGUUUAAUUGCCAAUGAUAAUCAAAUCUCGAAGAUAGAUAUACCGUCUUUAGAAAAAUUGAAGAGACUAGCGGUUUUAAAUUUGGCAAAUAAUAAUAUCGCUCACGUGCCGCCUGAACUUGGUACCUUAAAACAUCUAAGGCAUCUGUCAUUAUCCGGAAACUGUUUCAAAUAUCCCAGACAAGCGAUUUUGAUGAAGGACACAGAGGAGAUACUAAGUUAUCUGCGUAAUUUAAUACCUCGCCAAAAAUAAAAAAACGAAAUAUAAUAGAUUACAAAAGACGAUUGCCAUGGAUGUAAUUUUAAAUAGUUUUGACUCUAAAGUAAUAUAUGUAUAAAUGUGCGCGUAUAUAUUUAUAUAUAAAUGGAUAUGACAGUAUCCAAAAGGAGUACAAAUAAUGUUACAAAUAAAUAAAAGUUUUUAUUUAUUCCUCUUGA